AUGACUUCCCGCCUUGACCGCCUGGUCACUCUACUCGAGACUGGAAGCACUCAGUUGAUCCGGAAUACAGCAGCCCAGCAAUUGGGGGAUGUUCAAAAACAACAUCCAGAUGAGCUCUUCAAUCUCCUUGGCAGAAUUCUGCCAUAUCUCCGAUCUAAGUCCUGGGAUACAAGAACUGCUGCUGCUCGAGCGAUCGGCCUGAUUGUUAGCAAUGCAGAAGUUUACGACCCCAAUGAAGAUGAUGGCAUGCAGAUCAAAUCCGCAGCUGAAGAUGAUGAUGUGGAGAUCAAAUCCGAGGUCAAAUCGGAGGAUGCUCCAUCCACGUUUCUUCAACUCGACACCAUGGACAUCGGAUCCAUCCUAAAGUACGGCAAGAGGCUGCUCGGUAGUGCUGGAAAAGAGUAUGAGUACUCUCUAGCGUCAAUGGAUCCCGCGACACGCCUCAAACAUCAGAAAAAGACACUGACAGGCCGCCUCGGCCUUGAUGGGGAGUACAUCGAAGAUGAACUACUUGAUACAGCUGAGAUGGUUCCCAAAUUGGCAACACCAGCCCCGAAGCGAGAGUCCAAUGUGGCUUCACUAUCUCGAAUCAACAGCAUCCCGGAUUUACCUUCUCGGCGGCCAUCGUCACCAGACGCCAAACAAGAAGAGUCGGGUCUCAGCAAGCGCCAAUUGAACCAACUGAAGCGAAAGAACAAACAAAAUGCCAAGAUGGGAGCCAACAAAGUCCGCGUGGUGGAUUUGUCCUCCCGUCGAACAUCAGAGAACAUUGUAACACCAACCACCCCUCAUCCUGUCAAGGCCGAGAAUGGAGAUGACCAGAAUGGAGAAAGUAAACCCGACUACUUUUCUUUGGAACGAUCCGCCGAAGACGACGAAUCCAAGAUUGUUGCGGAAUUCAAAGGGCCAAUCGCACCUGAGCGAUCAGUCCUCCAGCCUGAAAUCGUGGACCAGGGUUCAGGGUGGCCCCUAGAAUGCAUGUGUGAAUUUUUGACCAUGGAUAUCUUUGAUCAGAACUGGGAGGUUCGCCAUGGUGCAGCCAUGGCUCUACGUGAGGUCAUUAGGGUCCAAGGUCCGGCAGCCGGUCGGAUGGAGGGCAAGACUCGGGCAGAGAAUGAUUCACUGAACCGUCAAUGGCUCGACGACCUUGCUUGCCGGUUGCUCUGUGUGCUCAUGCUCGAUCGGUUUGGUGACUACAUCUCCGACAACGUGGUCGCUCCGAUUCGAGAAACCGUGGGCCAGACCCUGGGUGCCCUUUUGUCCCACCUAAGCCCCAAGUCUGUUCGACAUGUUUACCGAGCCCUUUACCGAAUCAUUAUGCAGACUGAUCUCGGUCUGGAUCGCCCUGUGUGGGAGGUUUGUCAUGGUGGUAUGAUUGGUUUACGUUACUUGGUUGCAAUUCGCAAGGAUCUGCUUGUCAAGGACUCUGCCAUGAUGGAUGGGGUCCUUGAGGCUGUCAUGAAAGGUCUUGCCGACUUCGAUGAUGACGUGCGCGCUGUAAGCGCCGCAACACUUGUUCCCAUUGCGGAAGAGUUUGUCACGUCACGGGGUGGUACUCUGGGGCCUCUGAUGAACAUUGUUUGGGAUUGCCUUUCCAACCUGCAAGACGAUCUCAGUGCCAGCACAGGUUCCGUGAUGGAUCUUCUCGCCAAGCUGUGUACAUUUACUCAAGUCCUGGAUGCGAUGAAAGCCAACGCAGCGGACGACCCGGAGGCUUCAUUUGGCAAGCUGGUCCCUCGUCUUUAUCCUUUCUUGCGGCAUACAAUCACAAGUGUUCGCUCAGCGGUUCUUCGGGCCUUGAUGACCUUCUUGAGACUGGAAGGAAAAGGCAGCACAGACUGGGUGGACGGCAAGGCGCUGCGCUUGAUUUUCCAGAAUCUGCUCGUGGAGCGCAACGAGGAGGUUCUCAAACUAUCACUUCAAGUUUGGUCAGAGCUGCUCAAAGCUGUUGAGAAUCAUGGCCACUUCAAACCCGAGACCGAGCUGUCAAACUCCAUUGAACCCCUUAUUUCCCUUACCCUUGGUCCAUUCGGUGUUCCUCGUUACCCCAUCCCGUUGAACGCGUGUCUCUUCAUCAAGCCAUCUGGCGUUCCCUUCGCUAUUGCCGCCCCACCCCCCGCAAAAGUUUCACCCCCUGCUACGUCUGGUGGUACAGAGCCGGCCAAGCCUGGCCGUAGACGCAAGUCUGAGAAAAAAGAAGCAGCCCCACCCCCAUCAACUCACAACGUGGAUGGGCACAUGUUGUCUGGCGACAUAGAUCUCGUCGGCGCUGACACAAUGCUGCGAUCCAAGAUCUAUGCUUCAAGGGCGUUAGGCGAGUUGCUUUCUGUCUGGGACAAGCACGAGCUCCCGAGUUUCUGGUCGCCGAUUUUGGAUGGCCUCAAUGCCUCAGCCUCAACCUCCCAGCUCUCCUCUGCCAUGGUCAUAGAGGAGUAUGCCCGAUUUACUGGACCAGAGAGCAAGUACGCCUCAUCUCUCACAGAUAAGCUUCGUCCGGUUGUUGAAGAAGAACGUCCAUCUUGGUAUUCAGACAUCUCCUGCUACCUGCAUGUCGCUCGUGCUCAAUGCCAUUCCCUGCUGAAUACUUUCCGAGAUCACGCACAUGUCCCGACCUCCCGGCUACCGACAUUGGCUGUUGUUGUUCAAGGCGACCCUGAAGCCGGUCCCAAUGCAUUCUCUCUUGCUGAUGCCGAGAAGAUUGUGGGUGCCGACUUUGAACGCCUCAAGAAGAGCCUGACACCUGCGCAGAGAAUCACUGCCACUCAGGUCUUGAACGAUACCCGUGCAACGGCUCAAUCUGCUGUUGACGAGGCUCGUGGAAUCAAGGAGCAACGUGACAUGCGUGUCCCUGCAGCCGCUGCGGGUGCAUUGGUUGCUCUUCGAGAUAUUCCCAAACGCCCUGGUCAUAUCAUUAAGGGUAUGAUGGACAGUAUCAAGAAGGAGGAUAAUGUUGAGCUUCAGCAACGCUCAGCAACUGCGGUGGCAAGCCUUAUCGAGCAUUACACAGCAGCAACAAAACGUGGACCAGUCGACAAAAUCAUUGGAAACCUCGUCAAAUACUGCUGCGUGGAUACAUCUGAGACUCCCGAGUUCCAGCACAAUGCCCAGUUGGAGAAGUCAAUCUUGUCUUUGCGCAAGGAAGAGGAUCGACGAGACCACCCCGAUGCUGCCAAAUUCGAGCGCGAGGCUAGAGAGGCUCGUAUCAUGCGCCGUGGUGCCAAGGAGGCUUUGGAGCAAUUGGCUGUUAAGUUUGGCGCUGAACUUCUCGAAAAGGUGCCAAACCUUGCUGCCUUGGUCGAAAAACCUUUGAAUGAUGCCUUGGCGGGCGAGCUGCCUGAAGACAUCACCAAACCCGAGACAACGCUUGGACAGGAGGUUGUUGAUGGUCUAUCCACACUUCGUGCCCUUCUGCCCAAAUUUGAUUCUGGCUUACAUCCCUGGGUCAUUGGUCUCAUGCCUAUUAUUGCCAAAGCUUUACAAUGCCCUUUAUCAGUGAUCCGCUAUGCAGCAGCGAAGUGCUUUGCUACAAUCUGCAGCGUCAUUACCGUGGAAGCUAUGACGAUGUUAGUGGAAAAGGUGCUCCCCACAAUCAACCACGCUUUGGAUGUCCACCACCGGCAGGGUGCUAUCGAGUGCAUUUAUCACCUUAUACAUGUGAUGGAAGAUAGGAUCCUCCCCUACGUCAUCUUCCUGGUCGUUCCUGUUCUCGGACGUAUGAGCGACUCCGACAACGAUGUUCGACUGCUAGCAACCACUUCAUUUGCUACUUUGGUCAAACUCGUGCCGCUGGAAGCUGGUAUCCCCGACCCGCCUGGUUUCUCCGAGGAGCUGCUCAGAGGUCGCGACCGAGAGAGAAAAUUCAUGUCCCAAAUGCUGGACGUGCGCAAGGUGGAGCCAUUCGAGAUUCCUGUUGCAAUCAAAGCCGAGCUCCGCCCAUACCAACAGGACGGUAUUAACUGGCUUGCUUUCCUCAACCGUUAUAACCUCCACGGCAUUCUCUGCGAUGACAUGGGUCUUGGAAAGACUCUUCAAACGAUUUGCAUUGUUGCGAGUGACCACCACAUGCGGGCGGAGGAAUUUGCCAAAAGCCAAUCUCCUGAUUCUCGCAAGCUCCCCUCCUUAAUCAUUUGCCCACCAUCACUUUCUGGUCAUUGGCAGCAGGAAGUCAAGCAGUACGCCCAAUUCCUCAACUGUAUUGCCUAUGUCGGUCCUCCGGCAGAGCGAUCGAGGCUUCAGGCUCAGCUAGGCACAGCAGACGUGGUCGUUACCUCCUACGAUGUCUGCCGGAACGAUAAUGAAAUCCUUAACAAAAUCAACUGGAAUUACUGUGUGCUUGAUGAGGGCCACCUCAUCAAGAACCCGAAGGCCAAGAUCACGAUUUCUGCUAAGCGGCUAAUGAGUAAUCAUCGCCUGAUCCUCUCUGGUACGCCGAUUCAGAACAAUGUGCUUGAGCUAUGGUCACUCUUCGAUUUCUUGAUGCCUGGUUUCCUUGGCACGGAGAAGGUCUUCUUGGACCGAUUUGCAAAGCCAAUUGCUGCGAGCCGAUUCAGCAAAUCCUCAUCGAAAGAACAAGAAGCCGGUGCUUUGGCAAUUGAAGCCUUGCAUAAGCAAGUGUUGCCUUUCCUCCUCCGUCGUCUGAAGGAAGAGGUCUUGAAUGAUCUGCCUCCCAAGAUCAUUCAGAACUACUAUUGUGACCCCAGCGAGCUUCAAAAGAAGCUUUUUGAGGACUUCUCAAAGAAGGAACAGAAGGAGUUACAAGACAAGGUUGGCAGCACUGAUCGCUCUGACAAGGAGCACAUUUUCCAAGCCCUACAGUAUAUGCGCCGCCUGUGCAACUCACCUGCCCUGGUGGUUAAAGAUGGGCACAAGCAGUACAACGAAGUCCAGAGCUACUUGGCUGCUAAGCGGUCGAAUAUCAGAGAUGUGGCACAUGCACCGAAGCUCAGUGCACUUCGCGACCUGUUGGUUGACUGCGGCAUUGGUCUCGACACUCCAGCCGAGGGUGAGCUUGACACUGGCGCAAGCUAUGUCAGCCCACAUCGAGCUCUCGUCUUUUGUCAGAUGAAGGAGAUGUUAGACAUUGUGCAAAAUGAUGUCCUGAAGAAAUUGCUGCCAUCUGUCCAAUACCUCCGCCUGGAUGGUGGUGUGGAAGCCACCAAGCGUCAAGACAUCGUCAACCGUUUCAACACCGACCCUAGCUACGAUGUCUUACUGCUGACCACCAGUGUUGGUGGUCUGGGUCUCAACCUCACAGGAGCAGACACUGUUAUUUUCGUCGAGCAUGACUGGAAUCCACAGAAAGAUAUCCAGGCCAUGGAUCGCGCCCAUCGUAUCGGACAGAAGAAGGUUGUCAACGUGUACCGCUUGAUCACGAGAGGCACUUUAGAGGAGAAGAUCUUGAACCUACAACGAUUCAAGAUCGACGUCGCCUCUACAGUGGUCAAUCAACAAAACGCUGGUCUUGGCACAAUGGACACGGAUCAACUUCUAGAUUUGUUCAGUCUAGGCGAGACAGCCGAAACAGCCGAGAAGCCGGGCGACCAAACUGGCAAUGAAAUCGAUAUGGUCGACAUAGAUGGUGAAGUCAAGGAGAAGGGCAAAAAGGGCUGGAUGGAUGAUCUGGGUGAGCUCUGGGAUGACCGCCAAUACCAAGAAGAGUACAACCUGGAUUCAUUCCUGGCUACGAUGAAGAACUGA